AAGCACACAUCACCAACCCCAUCGCUGCCACAGCGGCACAGCGAUGACCACGCCGUCAACACAACCAUGGCGCGAUCCACUCCCUUCCAGCUCCUCCCCCCGCCCGCGCCGCUUGUCUUCCACUCCACCUCUCCCCGGACCCUCCACUUCUGAGUCGACGCCCAAAAAGCCCGCGCUCGUCCUCCUCGCCUCCUCUCCUUCCCCAACACCAUCUCUCUCCCCGCUCUACUCCCCAUCAGACGAGAGCUUUGCCCCCUCACGACCUGAAUCGCCCGCCUCUCCAGCAUUCAUUACCACGCUCGAAGAUGUGCCGGAUCCACGGCCCAGCGCGCUGCUCGCGCCGGUGCGAGGCUUGCGGGCCUUAGCGAGGGUGUGCGCCGGCGGCGGCGCCGUGGCCUAUGCGGCUGCCAGGCGACGGAGGAGGUUGGAUGGCGACCCGGAUGUCGAUGGCGACUUGGGCGGGAGCAGGGGACGAGAUACCGCCGGCUGGCGGAGUGCGCGGCCUGCCGAGGAAGGUCAUACCGUCCAAGUGCUCGUGGGCGGGCGCGUGUCGCCGGCGCUGAGCUACGGGAGCCGACCUAGCGGCGAGUGGCGGCCGAGCAUGGAGGAGAGGGUGAGCUUCGAAAGGUCUAGUAUGGACGGGCGGGAGUGGAUGGAGGAGCGGAGGCCGUCGUUUGUCGAAGAGAGCGUUGAGGGCAGCGUAGAGGGAUACACUGUCGAUGGCAGUGAGGCUAGCGCGACUCCGAGUACCUCAGUUAUGUCGAGCUCCCCGGCCGCGAUUCAAGAAGGGCAAUCCGGGUUUCGAUGGCCAUGGUCUGCCGCCUCGAGUAGCUUGGAGGAAGGGGAGAGACCGGCGCCCUUCGCCGCCGAGGUCGCCAUUAAGGGGUGGCAGGUCGUGGGCGGAAAGAGCUGGGACGACAGCGCCAAAGUCGGGGCGUAUGUUGUCUACGACAUAGAGAUUGCGCUCCGCAACGGGACCACCCUGUCCAUCACGCGGCGAUACACUGAGUUUGUGCGCUUGCGCGACACAUUGCGGAGGGCAUAUCCUCAUCUGCGACGCACAAUCCCUGCACUGCCUGGCAAGAAUCACAUGCACAAGUUCUCUCCCGAGUUCCUCGAAGAACGCCGUCCUCGCCUGCAGCGCUUUCUUCGCACCGUCGCCCUUCACCCCGAAAUGGGGCAAGGGAAUGGCGUUCUUUCGCAAUGGGUUCUUGGCGGGCCCAGUGGGCCACCCGCACCGCGCAACAGCGCGCGACUCGGCUUGACGCUUCCAAGCCUACCUGGCUUGGGACGACACGAGCCAACAUAGAGAGCACGCAUGACAUUGUUAUGAUGUUCGCAUUGUUCCGGGAAUCCGACUCCCUGCCGUUUUCGAAGCUGGUGAUGACAUUCCGUGGCACCGGCG